GCUCUUGUCACUUUCUGUCUGCCUUCAUUUUUGAUCGCAGCACACUCAGGCAGCAGUGAUGGCAGGCACGAUUGCUUUGCCUCUUCAGCAAUUCAUUGCAUCAUUGGACAACACUUGUCUGCCAAAAAUUCUACAGGUUUGCUCUGGAGUGUAUUUCCAAGGGUCUAUAUAUGAAAUUUCUGGGAGUGAAGUGUGCUUUUCUACUGGGGAUCUAAUAAAGGUUAUAGGCAUCGAGCUCCUAUCAGUUUGCUGUGAAGACAUCAGCAACAAUGAGAAAUUUGAGCUGCCCAUUAACCACACAGGCUUGUUCAAGGUUGUUCCAGAGGAAAUGCCGUAUAGUACAAUUGAGGAGAUGGUGAGCCUGAGGCCUGUGGGCCUGGAAUCAAGCCUCCCCUUCACUUUCACCAGCCACUCCAAGAUGAACUUUGGCAAUUUCACACUGGGGGCUGGGAGAGCUUUGACUGUGCUCUCCAUUGAGCGGCAUGAGGGCGAGGAGGAUCUGGUGCGCUGCCUCGUACGAGGACAGCAGGAAGCCUCUGCAGAAGUGUUUAUCCCACUAUCCUCUCAAGGGGAGUUCUUUGAGUGUGAGAGCGAGGAGUGCUUCACUCUGCAGGAGAUCAUGUCCUCAGUCUGCCUGCGUAGUCGAAGGUUUCGCUUCAUCAACACCACUAAGUGUCAACGGCCCCUUGUCCUCAGUCCAAUAUACCAGGUCCAAGCCAUCAUGAACAUGCGGAAGAAUGUGUUGAAGUUUCCGUCCAGCUUAGAGGUGGAUGUGGUUGAUGUCACUGACCUGUGUAAGGAUGUGAACUUUGUGAGCCCGCUCAGUCUGACAGAGGUUCAUUCCCAGCCAGAUGAAUCCUUCCCUGCGGUAGUGGAGAUAUUGGAAGGCCCAGAGACCCGCUCUCUGUUCAAGUGCAGCUGGCUGCCAGAACUUAACCAGAGUAGCCACCUGGUUUUCCACAAUACAGGAACCUCAGCCAUGAUUUUAUUAUCCAGCCCAAAGAGCCGAAAGGUACAGCAGUACUUUCUGGUAUCUCAUCAAUAUGGUGGACGAUUUCGUAGGCGGCCAAGAGAGUUUAAUUCAGUGUACGAGCUGUAUGUUGCUUCAAUCCAGGCACCUGGCCUGAAGGUCAGUGUAACAAGGAACAGUGAGGAAGUCGAGGAGGAGGGCCUGCCUGACCUCAGUGUGGGGGAACAGCUGGAGGUCAUUCGCUGCGAAAGGAUGGAGUUGCCUUGUGAAAGCAGCAAGGGACAGAAGCAGUCUGUCGAGGCUCUUUUGUGUCAGCGUCUCCAAGAGCCGGAUGAUGGGGAUGAUGAUGAAGAGGAGGUCAAGCAGGAGGAGGAGAGGGAGGAGAUAUUUCUGCCUCUGUACAUGCAGGGUCACUUCGUUGAGGUAUUGAGUGAUAACAAGAAGUACAGACUCAGGGACUUAGGUAAAGAGUUUAGUUUGCCGCUGGAUGUUAAAGUGGUGAGUCGUGAUACUGAACUCGAGACUGAUCCACUAUUUGGGUUUGCAUGUCUAAGGAUAGAGGGGGCUAUGUUAGAGCCCACCAUCCAGGCAAGCUUUCCACAGAGUCCAGACCACUGUUUCGAGAUCCCAAUCCAGUGGCUUUCUAUGUCCGUCUCGUUUACCAAGGACCCCCUCCCAUGGCCCAGUGGUCAACCACCUAAGUUCCACGUGGACAGGGUUACUGAGGUGACAGACACGUUCUUUUAUGAAUUUCGCAAACAGGGGAACUCCGGUGAAGCUCCUCCACCCCGACCACCAAAGCGAAAUCUGUCAUCAUCAAAGUCUAGCAAAAAACCAUCAACAACGUCAAAGAAAUCAUCCAAGGCAGACAAGACUAAACAUCGAGCAGAGAAAAGCGUCCCAGCCAAAGAGCUAGCCAAUUUGACUCUGGAUAGCAAAAGAAGGCCCCCAGCUCCACCCCCUCCAGCUAUCUUAGAUGAUCAGCCUCCCCCAGUUGCACCCCGGAAGCAGUCAGCUAUAGUGACAACAGGCAAGGCUCUGCCAAACACUUACGUAGAAAGGGAAGAGUCUAAGAAAAAAGAAGAAAAAAGAAAGAAAAAGAAAAAAGUGCCGGUGUGCAACGUCACAGCACAUGUGAAGAGCGACCAGGACUAUGACACUGUGGAUGACAGCGACCAUGACUAUGAAACCGUGGACGAGACCUUGCUGGCAGUUGUGAAGAAAGCACAAGAGGAUGCCGUGUUCUACUAAAAACAACCUGUCCAUGAAAUCCGAAAUAUUGUGCUGAAAAUAACUGGUUUAAUAUAAUCUGUUAAAUACAGUACUGAAAUAGAUUCAGUGGAGCUUUUGGUGACUAGUGACACAGUAGAGAAUCGUUUUGAUAAAUGGUUUCACUGGCGAUCUACAAGCAUGCAUAUUUGGUUUUGUGGACACUUAAUAGCAAAUGUUUGCCCACACAAAUAUUUGAUGUUGUGACACCAUCCUCCGGUGUAUCAGAAAACACAACACCCCUGGCUCUGAUGUGGUCAGCGAAACUCUUCAGGUGGCUGUAGCUGUGUUGUGUACAGCAUACCAUCCUCACACUUUGAUUGAACCAAUACUACCUUUGUAGUAUUUAUUGUUGUAGUAUUUGUUGAAAUAUGAUAUUGUAUCUGUUGUUGUUCAAACUUGUCAGCAAAUAGUUUAUCCAACUAUAUAGUAGUUUUGGAUGCAAUACCAAUAUAUUGUGCAAUACUAAGCAGUAACUGUAGUGUCCAUCCUAGAACAAAACAGCUACAACAUAUAAUACAGUCAGACUUGAAUCAUUACUGUGUUGUCUCAAGACAAUUUAUAAGCUUCACAGAGGUAGUUAUGGGUUACAUUUGAUUGUACAGGCAUUUAAAGUAUGUGUCAAACUCAAACUCAUAGGGUAUAUAUGCAAACUCUAAACAGAGAGGGCUCUGACAAGUCCUUGCUGGGAGGCAAGUCUUAACCACAAAGAUGACAAAAUGGCAACUCUGCAGCUUCUCACAAGGCCAUGGGUUCCAGUGCUAUUGAUAGCAGCUCUCCCAGCCGUCACUGCAAACUACUGAUCAGAGUACAAGAAUGUGCUGCUUAUUGUAUCCAAUCCACUUUUAAUUUUUUUUUUUUAAUUGAAAGGACUCAUUGGUGGACUUGUUUUUUUCCCCCAAUUAUAGACGGUACCUAGAACAUUUUCAUGUAGGUUUUGCAGCUUCUUUUUCCCCUAAUGGGUCUUCCUCAUUGAAAGACUCACUGCCAAAGACAACGAAAUAAUAUAGAAGUUCAUAUUUUGUUUUCAUUCCUUUUAAGGUAGAAACCAUUGUAUUAAUAACAUUCUGUAUAUUAUUUGUCUGAAAUUGAAUUUUGUACUACGGACAAAAUUAUAUAAAUUACAUAAAAAGUGGCUUGAGAAUGCACUUUA